GGCCAGGGCCAGGUCACGUGAUACCGCGGCUGCGCAGCUCGAGCGACUGGAACGGAACCGAAUCGCCCGACAAACCCGCUCCGUUUACCGGCUCAGCGCGAUCUUCCGCCUCCUGUGACGCGUUCCAUCAGCGGCAGCAUCAUGUCGGCGGUGCAGCGGAUGAAAGUAGCGAACGAGAAACACAGUAAGACGAUCACACAGAGAGGACACGUGCAGAAAACCACGCGUGUGGUGAAUGAGGAGAAGUCUCCGGUGGGUCCGUGGCUCCUCGCGCUCUUCGUGUUCGUGGUCUGUGGAUCAGCCAUCUUCCAGAUCAUCCAGAGCAUCAGGCAGGGCAUGUGAGCCGUCCGUCUGCAGACGUCUGAACUCCACCACUCACUGAUCUUCCACGCGGUCAUUCGCUUCUCUUCAUCUCUUAGUUGUUUACAGCUGGUUUUAUGUGUGUGUGUGUGUGUGUGUGUGAGGGGAGAAUGUUCUGGAGUCUUUUAUGAUCGGUGUAGUUUGUGAUUGGCUGUUCGAGCGUGUUUGGUUUUAUCCGCUGUCGUCACACAAUGCUCAGAAUUGCUCUCAUUUUCACUGAUUGCUGUCAUUGACGAGGUUUUGUAUGAGCUGUGUAUGAGCCGUGUGUAAAUCAGACAUCAGUAGUCAUAUGAUUCUGUACGUCUGACUCUCUUCCUCUCUCUGACAGGAAAUUAAUGCUGUGUAAUAAUGAUUUUAUACAAAUAAAAAGUAUUUUCUCUA